UUUCUUUUUCUAUUUUCCUAUAAAAAAAAAACAGAAUCCCUCUUUCUCAUCCUACCAAACCUCAAAAGCAACAAAAUAUCUAAGAAACCGUAAGCGAGAAGAAAAGAUGACGUCGACGGAGAUGAAAGCUGUGAAAGGGCUCGACUUGGAGAGAUACAUGGGCCGUUGGUACGAGAUUGCUUCUUUCCCUUCCAGGUUCCAGCCCAAGGACGGUGUCGACACUCGCGCCACCUACACCCUUAACCCCGACGGCACGGUGCACGUUUUAAACGAGACGUGGAACGGAGGCAAGAGAGGUUUCAUCCAAGGCUCAGCUUACAAAGCUGAUCCUAAGAGCGACGAGGCCAAGCUUAAAGUCAAGUUCUUUGUCCCUCCUUUCCUUCCCGUUAUUCCUGUCACAGGGGAUUACUGGGUGUUGUAUAUUGAUCCUGAGUACCAGCAUGCUGUCAUCGGACAGCCUUCAAGGAGUUAUCUUUGGGUUAAGGGUGUUUGGUGGCUAAAGUCUAUCUUCGGCAAGUAGAUACACAUGGACGCAAAAGAAGACUUGUUUCAUUUCUUUUUGCAAACCUUUGUUUGUGUAAUAUGCUACCCCUUUUUAGUAAUCAUCAUUCUGCUUUUGUCUA